GAGAUACUUGUCUUGAGCCGUGGUGUGAUACGUUUAUGCUUGUAUCACAAUCCUUCUAGCAGCUUCUUUCUGUUAACACGGUCGGGUGUCAGAAAAGUUCGCGAAAUUUCCCGAACGCCUUCCGCGAGUUUCCGGCAUAGGAAAGAUACACACACGCGGGGCGAGCAGCACAUUUAGCGCAAUAAUAGUAACAAAAGCAGAUAAAACGAGCUGUGUGUAUUUAGUUUGUGUCGCGAGCCGAGCGUGAUGUCUGUACUGUGUUAUAAUAAAGGCUGCGGACAGAGAUUUGAUCCAGAAAACAAUCCGGAGGAUGCCUGCACGUAUCAUCCUGGAGUCCCUGUGUUUCACGAUGCUCUAAAGGGUUGGUCUUGUUGUAAGAGACGGACAACAGACUUCUCAGAUUUUCUGAGUAUUGUGGGCUGCACUAAGGGCCAUCAUAACAAAGAGAAACCACUGGAACCAGUGAAACCAGAGGUGAAGAUCACAGUAGAGAAGAAAGAGUUGGAAGAUCUCAAACCCAGAUUUAAUGAAUUUGUCAUUCAGGCUCCUAAACCACUGGAGCUCAUACAACGACCAAGUGGUGAUGAGCCGUUGGUGGAGCUUCAGAGGAAGGUGGCUCCGUCUCUAAAGCAGGUGCUUGAGAAGCUGAGGCUAGAAGACAACAAUCGUCUUACAGAGAAAGAAGAGGAAGGAAGUGAAGUCCAGCCUGGGACAGCGUGUAAAAAUGGAGGCUGCUCAAAGACCUACGUCAGCUCAAAGACGGAUGAAGAAACGUGUUUAUAUCAUCCUGGAGUGCCUAUCUUCCACGAAGGGAUGAAGUAUUGGAGCUGCUGCAAGAGGAAGACGUCUGAUUUUAACACAUUUCUCUCUCAGGAGGGCUGCAGUCAAGGAUCACACCAGUGGAGAAAAGACACGGGUAAGAAAGUGGCUCCCUGUAGAUUUGAUUGGCAUCAGACAGGAAGUCAGGUUACUGUGUCCAUCUACGCUAAGAACUGCAAUCCGGAACUGUCGCUCAUGGAGGCCAACAGCACCUCGCUGAAGAUCUAUCUUAACUUUGAGAGAGAAAAGGAGUUUGAGCUGAAUAUAAAUCUGUGGGGAGUCAUUGACGUCAGUAAGAGCAUUGUCAACAUGCUGGCCACCAAAGUCGAGAUCGUCAUGAAGAAGGCAGAGCCGAUGUCAUGGGCGCGUCUCGACCUCCCCCCUCCAAAACCUGAAGCAGCCAAUGAGACGACAAAAAAUGGAAUGAAAUUGAAUGCAUAGGGAACCAGAUAUAUAACAGACUUAUAACUCGUAUAGACUCAGAUAUACGCACACGGAUUGCAAGGACAUCUAGUAAGUUUGCAGUCUUCUGCGCUGGACACAUGCUCACAAGUUCAACAUAUAUUUAUUUUAUAAGAGUUUACGCAUUUGAAUCAUCUAGGAUUUAAACAACUCUAUUUUAAAAAGACACUGCGACCUUGUGACGAUGGACAUGUCGUUUAGUCUACGGUUGUAUUAUAAAUUUACUAAGACUAUGAUAAACAUCAUCUGUGCUUACUGUGACUUUACAAUGAUAUAAUUCACAGGAACUUGUACUUCAGAGGAACAGCUAGUUUGAUAUGUCAUCCUACACAUGAAAUCAUGAUCCACACAACUGUAAAAAAUAAAUUAUAUAUUGAAACUUGAGUAACUGUAAUUCUCUAUUGUCCUUUACACAUUAUGUUUGUCCACAUGACGCUUUUAUUUCACUUCAUCUUUGUAUUGUCCUGUGUUAGUAUUUCAUCAGUCAAUAUCUAGCCAAGCAAACGGCCUUGUUUCAUGGUGUUAGGUGGCUUUUUGUUGACCUUAACUGUCAUUUCUUGUUUUUACUUCCUAUCCAUGAGAAGACAUUUUUGUAAUUUCAUUAAUUUACUGGAAAGCAGUAUAAACCACACACGAGACGUUACUGUAUUUGUCUCAAGGGCCCAAUCAGAAUCCAUCUGCUGCAGGUCACUCAUCAGUUUAAUGGAGUAUCAAUGUGUUUGUCUCACGGGCUGUGUUACUUGAAAUAUUAAAUUAUUGCACCGAUGCUCA